AUGUUCAACGCUCUCAAUCGCUUCAUAUCCCGCCUCGAUGGCGACCCGCAGGCGCAGAGGGAGUCGUCCCACGGCGCAUUUGGCUUUCAGGUCCUGCGCAACACCAACCUCCAGCUCGGCAUUGAGCCCUGGUUUGACUUUGUCGUCGGCAUCAACGGCCGCAUGAUUGACGACUCUGACCCAAGACUCUUUGCGCAAGAGGUCCGCAACUGUGCAGGCGGCUCAGUCAUGCUCGGCCUGUGGAGUGCAAAGGGCCAGCGUACACGAGCUCUGCACAUCCCCGUCCCCGCCGACAACCCAUCCCUCGGCCUGACCCUGCAGUGGACGUCCCUGUCCGCCGUCUCCAACAUCUGGCACGUGCUCGACGUCCCCGCCAACUCGCCCGCCGACGUCGCCGGCCUGCUGCCCUACAGCGACUACAUCCUCGGCACGCCCGAGGGCGUGCUGCACGGCGAGAGCGGCCUCGGCGAGCUCGUCGAGGACCACAUCGGCCGGCCCCUGCGGCUCUGGGUCUACAACAACGAGUACAACGUCACACGCGAGGUCACCAUCCAGCCGAGCCGCGACUGGGGCGGCGAGGGCGCCCUCGGCUGCGUCCUGGGCUACGGCGCGCUGCACCGCCUGCCGGCCCCGCUGAGCGAGCCCGUCGACGCGCCGGGCGAGAUGAUGUUCGACCUGGGCGACUCGGAGAAGGCGGGCAUGGCAGCGGCGGCCAGCGGUGCGUUUGAGACGGUUUCUGGGCCCGGUGCUGCGGAAGGCGGCGACCAGAGCACGUUCGUGCCGGCGGCGGCGGCCGCCGGCUCUACAGCAGACUUCUUGGUGCCGGCACAGAUGGUGGGGGCGACGCCGAUGAGUGCGCCGCCGCGCAGCAAGAAGAAGGAGCGGCGGGCGCACGGGCAGAACAGCUUGAUGGAUGACUAUCUCAAGGAGGAAGAGAAGAAGAGCAGGGAGCUAGACAAUGCGCCCGACAGGAGUCGGACGCCGGUUGGACCGCCGCCGAAAGCGGGUGCUGGGCCGCCGAAGGGCGGACCGCCACCACCGAAGGCAAGCACGCCGACACCAGCCGAGGGCGAGAAUGGGGAUUAG